UGACAACAGAGGUCCUGCCGGAAUUCUGGAGCUGCAUGUGAGCUGAGCUGACUCGCACUUUGUUAAAAUCGUAGAUCUUUCCUCCUUCACAGGCUUCAGCAUCGCUGCAUCUGGCCCUCAGUGGGGCAAGCUUCACGAGCUUGGCAUGUCGACCAUGGAUCCGGGUUUCUGAAGGGCUCUCAGGCUCGUUGAGAGCAGCUGACCUUGUGCGAAGCUGAAGAUGAUGGCACAUUCCUUGCUUUGCACAGGUGUGGCUCCUCUUCAGGCGGCAGCUGUUCUGACGGCAGGAUCACGAGGUACAGAGUUGGGAUCCGUCCGCCGCGGUGCGUGGGGCCCCUACUUGGAGAAGCACCGCGGGCACAGCCUGUUCCGGGCGCAGCUGGCCCAGCCGUGCAAAAUCUGUGCCAGUGCCAGACCAGGGGGCCAAGCGCCAGGCCGGGGGCGCCGCGGGCGCGGCAAGGCUGCGGGCCGGGGCACUCGGGGCCGCGACGCUGGGAGCCAAGGCGGCCGCCCUGGUGGGCGGAAGGAGGGGCUGAGAGAUACCCCCGCGCCACCGCCGCCGGACAAAAGCGGUGAGGAGGAGGGGGUCAUAGAGGGGGGCGCUGCGGUGUUGACGGCAGAGAGGGAGCCCCUGGAAGAGGAGGGAGCUGACAGCGGCGGGGCUAGCUCGAACGGGCAUCCAGUCGCGGAAGGCACCAGCCCGGCAGAGGCAAGCACCACGUUCGCAGAUCCGGAGUCAGGGUCAGAGUCGGAGUCGGAGGAGUCGUUGCGCGCGGAUUGGGAGCGGCUAGAGCGGGAGGCAGCACAGCGCCUGCUCGCCCUACAAACCAGGCAGGCAACUGAAAGGGGCCAGGAAGCACAGGGAGGGGACGAGGCAGAGCCGGAGAAGAGAUCGCAAAGCAGGGACAGCGGCUUGGAAGAUGUCGACACAGCUACGGACCGCGGAGCUGAGGAAGGCUCCAGCGCCAGUCAGGAGCGGGCUGCCACAGAGGCAGGCGCAUCCGACAGUGAAGAGGGCGGUGUCUCCGAGAGCGGCCAACAGAAGGAGCCCAGCCCCGCACCACCAGCGGCUGCCGAGGGCGGUGGGGCCAAGGCCAUCGACCAGAGAGCAGCUGAGCUGCAGGCGCUGGCACAGGCCCAUGCUCUGGACCGCAUGUUCUUCUACCCUGAGCGCGUGACGGCCGGGGGCGACGUGGAGGUGUUUCUGAAUCGUGGAGUGAGCACGUUGGCAGGGAAGGGUGAGAUCGAGCUGCUGGGGUCGUUCAAUGAUUGGCAGUACCAGCAGCUGGGGGUGCGCCUGCAGCCAAGCGCGGAGCUAGGGGAGCCCUGGUGGACCGCCACAUUGCGCGUGCCGCGGGAGGCGUACAAGCUGGACUUCGUGUUCCACUCGGGGGAGGUGUAUGAGAACAACGCGGGGCAGGACUUUUUCGUUGCCGUGGACGGGGGCCUGGACGAAGCCAGCUUUGGGGCUUGGGUGGCGCAGCAGAAGCGCGAGGAGCAGCGGCGGCAGCUCCAGGAGAAGGAGGCCGCAGAGGCGGCGGAGCGCGAGCGGCGCCGCGUGGAGGAGGAACAGGCGCAGGACGCCAGGGACCGCGAGGCGGCAGCGGCAGCUGCGGUGGCUGUGCGCUCCGCCCUGUCUGCGUCCCUGGCCGUUGCUGCCCCGCGCGUGCCCAGUGUCUUCUUCACGGACCCGGAGCCGGUUGCUGCGGGCGGCCAGGUGCGCCUGGUGUACAACCGGUCGUAUCGGCCGCUGUGCUUUGCGGGCGAGGUGUGGGUCCACGCGGGGUACAACGGGUGGCAGGACGGCGUGUCCACUGUGGUGCAGAUGGCACCCGAGACAUCCGUGGAGGACAAGGGCGACUGGUACUCUGUCGAGCUGGAGGUCCCUGCGGAUGCUCUGGUGCUGGACUGGGUCUUGGCGGACGCGCCCCCCGAGCGCGCGCAGUACUACGACAACAACGACCUGCGCGACUUCCACGCCCCCGUGGCCCGCUCAGAGGGGCUGGAGGCCUACCUGGCCCGCCUCGAGGACGAGGCAUAUGCGCGCAUCCGGGCGGAGCGCGCACAGCGCGAGCAGGAGCGUGCACAAAGGGCUGCGCGGCGGGCCGCUCUGCGGAAGGAGGUGGCUGCGCGCACGGCCGCGCAGUUUGUGGCGGUGCAGUCGGCGGUGCUGUACACGGAGCCGGCGCCGCUGCAGGCGGGGCAGGAGGGCAGCGUGUUCUACAACCCGGGGGCCACCGCGCUGGCGGGGCGCAGCGAGGUGUGGAUCCGCGGCGGCUUCAACCGCUGGUCGCACCGCGACGGGACCUGGGGGCCCAUCCGGAUGGAGCCCACGGAGGACGGGCACCACCUGAGGGCCACCGUGGAGGUGCCGGCCGAUGCGUACGUGCUGGACUGCGUGUUCAGCGAGCGCGGGGGCGGCGACGGCGGGCUGUACGACAACAAGGCCGGCCUGGACUACCACGUGCCCAUCAACGGCAGCACCGCGCAGCCGCCCCCGCUGCACGUCGUCCAUAUCGCGCUGGAGAUGGCGCCCAUUGCCAAGGUGGGCGGCCUGGGCGACGUGGUGACGAGCCUGGCGCGGGCGGUGGAGGAGGCGGGCCACACUGUGGAGGUCAUCCUGCCCAAGUACAACAACCUGGACUACUCGCAGGUGCACUUUUUGGAGGAGACGGAGUCGUUCUCGUUCGGCAGCACCACCAUCCGCACGUGGCAGGGCAAGGUGGAGGGCCUGCUCGUCAAAUUCAUCGAGCCCGAGAACGGCAUGUUCUGGGUGGGCACCAUCUACGGCCGCCGCGAUGACGGGCCGCGCUUCGAGUUCUUCUGCCACGCCGCACUGGAGUACCUCCGUCAGACCAAGCAGAACCCGGACAUCAUCCACUGCCACGACUGGUCGUCCGCUCCCGCUGCGUGGAUGUACUGGGACCUGUACCAUGCCAACGGCAUGCCCAACCCGCGCGUCGUGUUCACCAUCCACAACCUCGAGUUUGGCGUGCCCCAGAUCGGCCGCGCCAUGGCCGCCGCCAACAAGGCGACCACCGUGUCUCCGACGUACGCCAGGGAGGUGUCGGGCCACGGCGCCAUCGCCCCCCACGUCGGCAAGUUCCACGGCAUCCGCAACGGCAUCGACGCCGACAUCUGGGACCCGCUCGGCGACGACUUCCUGCCCUUGCCGUACAGCCCUGAGGAGGUGGUGGCGGGCAAGGCGGCGGCGAAGGCGGAGCUGCAGCGGCGGCUGGGCCUGGUGGAGGACGCGGGGCGGCCGGUGGUGGGGUUCAUCACGCGGCUGACCGCGCAGAAGGGCAUCCACCUGAUCAAGCACGCCCUCUGGCGCAGCCUGGAGCGCGGCGCGCAGGUCGUCCUGCUCGGCAGCGCGCCCGACUCGCGCGUGCACAACGAGUUCGCGGGGCUGGCCAACCAGCUGCAGGCGCGCUUCGGCGGCCACGCGCGGCUCUGGCUCGGCUACGACGAGCCGCUGAGCCACCUCAUCUACGCGGGCAGCGACGUCAUCUGCGUGCCGUCCAUGUUCGAGCCGUGCGGGCUGACGCAGAUGACGGCCAUGCGCUACGGGGCAGUGCCAGUCGUGCGCAAGACGGGGGGCCUGGCCGACACCGUGUUCGACCUGGACCACGACCGCGAGCGUGCAGGGCGCGAGGGGUUGCAGCCCAACGGGUACUCCUUCGAGGGCACCGACGCGUCAGCGGUGGACUACGCCAUCAACCGCGCGCUGGACCACUGGUACAACGACCGGGCGUCGUGGAACACCCUGGCGCGCACUGUCAUGGAGCAGGACUGGAGCUGGAACCGGCCUGCGCUCGACUACCUCGAGCUAUACUAUGGCGCACGGAAGUAGGACGGAAACACAUGUAAAGCAGACAGUACCAAGCCCUAUGACCACCGUGUCGUGGAAGAUCUGGUCUGGCGAAGGGAAGCAGUGUUUGAGGGUUUCCACACGCGAGUGUUUCUGGUAUCUCGCGUCACGUAGCGACUUUGAUACCGUCCCAGCUUGUCAACUGAUUUGAUUACCUCACUGCAUCCAGGGACUUCCCUUCCGUGGCUGUGCACAGCACUGUAGGGACGUCCAUCCAUCCUGUCAAUCCACAUUCGAAGUCCGAGUCAGUGAACUAGGUUUAGCGUCGACAAGCAAUCGUCAACUUAGCAGGCUUGGGGCAGCAUUUGCGAGGCGCCUCCAUUUGAAAAUGGAGGGAGCACAGGUUCACCUGACAAUUGCAUGCCAAUGGAAGCCUUUUGUAUUAUCGAUCAAUUUAGGCACGGGCGAAUACCAGAGGAUUGGAACUGGAUCAUUCGACUCAGCCCUAUGGUCAGAAGCAAAGUUGAGUCCUGGUGCGCGACUCAGUCAGUGACUUUGUGUAGCACGUACAUACGAGACAACGUGCUCUUUGGUGCCAGCUACUGAUGAUCAAGCUGCAUUCCCUGAUUGCAUGAUUGCUGCUUUUAUCAGUGAACC